CCGACAUGCUUCAAUCAGAAGUUGGCACAAGUAAACAGAAUAGAGCGAUGCGAUGCAGGAUCUGGAGGAGGAACCAGUGGCCGCAAGUUUGUUCGAUCGGGAUUGCAAACCAAGGAAAAGGUGCUCCCAACCAGAAAACCACCUGGGGCGGCGAUGAUGAUGUGCCAGACUGAACCCAGAGGGCCCCCCCGAAAAAAUAGUAAGAUCCCAAGAGUUCAGCGACACCAACCAGAGUGAAACACUGGGUUUGCGAGUGGGGGUUUCGUUUGGGAGGCGGUUCCACCUCGGGAGGAACAGACUCUUUUCCCGAAGGUAUUAAUAGAAGAUGUAUGGAUGGAUGGAUGGUCUAGUCGUUGAGACCUCUCUCUCUUUCUCUCUCUCGGGUUGUGAAGAUGAAGUCAAAGUAGAAGCAAUGCAGGGAAAGAAGAGAAAGGCUUUUGUUCCAA